AUGGGCCAUGAGUUCACCGGUACGAUUGUCGAGAAGGGCGCCUCUGUGACCUCCUUGAACAUUGGUGACAGGGUUGUCUCCCCCUUCACCUCAUCGUGCAUGAAAUGCUUCUAUUGCAAGAACGGGUACACAUCCCGUUGCGCUCGUAGCAAGCUCUUUGGUUGCGGUGCACUGGAUGGCGGUCAGGCCGAAUACGUGCGUAUCCCUGAUGCCGAUGGAACCGCCAUGAAGGCCCCAACCACCAUCUCUGACAAUGCUCUGGUUCUCAUGGCCGAUAUCUUCCCCACCGGCUUCUUCGGCGCCAAAUCUGGCUUCAACUUGCUCAAGGAAGAAGAAAGAUCAAAUGCCACCGCCGUUGUCAUUGGUUGCGGACCCGUCGGCCUUUGUGCCGUGAUUUCGGCGCUCGAGUACCGUCCCAAGCAUCUUUUUGCCAUUGACAGCGUAGACAGUCGCCUGGAGCUUGCCAGAAGUCUCGGAGCCGAGCCCUUGAACUUCAAGACUGAUCGUGCAGGCAUGGAGAAGCGGAUCAAGGAGGUGACUGAUGGCCGUGGAGCUGAUGUCGUUAUUGAGGUUGUCGGUCUGAGCCCAGCUCUCAGAACUGCCUUCGACAUCAUCAGGCCAUUUGGUGUCAUUGCUAGCAUUGGUGUCCACAAUGGCGAGAUUCCAUGGACCGGUACCGAAGCGUAUGGCAAGAACCUGAGGCUGCAGAUGGGUCGAUGUCCUGUCCGGGCCAUCUUCCCCGAGGCUCUCGCCCUCUUGGAGAAGAAGCAGGACAAACUUGGGUGA